GGCACCUGAAGGCUCUGGGAGUCCGGAGGAGGAAGAGUAAAUGUCUUUCCUGGACCUGAGCUUCUUCUCGGUGGGGAUGUGGUCUCUGGGGGCCGGCGCCCUGGGGGCGGCUGCGCUGAGCUUAAUCCUGGCCAACACGGACCUGUUUCUCACCAAAUCGGUGGACGCUACGCUGGAGUUUCUGGAGGAGAUCCAGCUGAAAACCCUGGAUGAAGAAUCCCCAAAGACGUUCAAAGCCCGAGAACUCUGGGAACACCGAGGGGCAGUGAUCAUGGCGGUGCGGAGGCCGGGCUGUUUUUUGUGCCGAGAGGAAGCAGCUGAACUUUCUGCUCUCAAACCCCAGCUAGAUCUGUUGGGCGUCCCACUCUAUGGUGUGGUGAAAGAGAAGAUUGGGUCAGAAGUGGAGAAUUUCCAGCCCUAUUUCAAAGGAAAAAUCUUUCUGGAUGAAAGGAAAAAAUUUUAUGGCCCCCAGAAGCGGAAGAUGAUGUUUAUGGGAUUUAUUCGUCUGGGCGUCUGGCAGAACUUUUUCCGGGCCAGGAGUAAGGGCUUCUCCGGCAACCUCGAAGGAGAAGGGUUCAUCCUUGGAGGCGUUUAUGUGAUUGGGCCAGGCAAGCAGGGGAUUCUCCUAGAACACCGAGAGAAAGAAUUUGGAGAUAAAGUCGACCCUGCAUCUGUUCUGGAGGCUGCCAGAAAAAUAAAGCCACACACUUCGACCUCCGAGGGAAAAUAAUCACAUGUUAAGAGUUGACUUUGGGGAAAUCUAGGCAGAUGAAAGACUUCAGCUAUGUGGCUUUGGCUUCACAAGUCCCACGGAUUCAAAUCCAUCUGCCUGAUUCACAGAUUCUGGAUUUUCAUUUUGCCUCAACAAUUAGAACUCAAAACAAAAUCAAUUUUUCCCCCCUUUUUUGGUCCUUUUUUCUCUUUCUCUUUCUUUUUUUUUCUUUCUUUUUUUUUUAAGCCCCAAGCAAGUUAGUAUUUUUUCACCAAGAAAUGGGAAAAAUGUGAGGUCUGGCUUUCUGAGCUAUAUAUCAGUCAUGCACCCACAGCUCCCCUCACUCACAUUUGUAGCACCUUUGAGAUUUGCAAAGUGCUUCCUUCUCUCGGUAUUGCUAUAAAGUCUGGAAUGCAGGGAUUUGGAAUUGGAGGAGACAGAGAUGUGGACUUGCCCUGGAUCUAAUAACCACCCGCCUCCCCCAAAUAAGGAUAUAAUGAAAAGAGCACCAAAUUCAGCCUCGAGAGGCCUUGGUUUGAAUCCCAGCUCCAACAUCUAUCUAAUAGCUCUUUGGCAAAUUGCUUAAUCUCUAUGAGACUUCGUUUCUUUAUUUGUUUAUAGUAUCUAGUGAGAAUAAUAAUAAACAUGACCUAAUGAACAGAGAGCUGGAUUGUUAACAAAGACUGCUGUCCAAUCUUGAUGCUAUCUGUAUGGCAAAAGAGAAGCAACCAACAACCAUGCUGAGCCUCCCUUUCCACAUCUAUUAGUAGAGGGAUAAUGAUGACUGGUGAAGGGCAGAAUGGCGUCAAGGACAGAGAGAUGGCCUCAGGGUCAGGAAUGAAUGCAUGGAUGGAUAGAUGAAUGAAUAAAUGUGCAUUUAUUUCAAGUUUACUUUUCCCAAACAAUGGACUAAGCAGAAGAAAUACAAAAAGAGAAAGUGAGAUGAUCUUUGCUCUGAUUCAGGAAGAGAAACCUAUCAAAGAAAAUAUGACUAGAGGGCCCAAGGUGGAAGCUAAGGGGUGGCUGGCAAGAUCUAGGGGUCCCCCGAGUUUAACACGGUCAGAUGUCAGUGUUAAGGGUUGGCGGAGAGUAGCAGUAGGCGGACCUGGGUUCCAAAACUGCUUCCAGUACCUACUGGCUAUGGACUCUAAGCAAGGUACUUCACCUUUUGGUACCCCCUUUAAAAAGCAGCUUUUUAGAGGGCAGCUGGGUGGCUCAGUGGAUUGAGAGCCAGGCCUAGAGACAGGAGGUCCCAGGUUCAAAUCUGGCC